UGCCGUCCUCGAAUAAUAAUAAAGCAUCAACUAAAUCAAAACAAACAAAAGUUUACACAUAACUCUCAGCACAUGGACUCACAAACUUAAUCCUAAUGUUCAGUUGUAUGUGUAAAUAUAUACAGAGGUUAAGAAUCGAUGAUCAAUUUUCCUUAUGUGGGGGAAACUGUGUUAUUCAAGUUUCUGUUUCUGAGUGUUCUUUCGGACAUCAGUUAAAUUUCGGACAACUGAUUAUUAAAAUAUUGUCGUUAUUCAAAAAGCCCCAAAAACGUAUUUGGAUUGAAUUGCUUCACACCAUUAAAUGCCAAGAUAGUUAUUUGUACUGGGUCACAUGGAUGAACCAAUGGAUGAAGCGGCCAGUGAGGCAGAGGCAGCUCAAUGGAAUCAGCAGCAAAAUCCUCUCCUGAGGCCUGGAAGCAUGGUGUUGAUGACUAUAAGCAUGGAGGACUAUGAGACCCAGUACUGGCCCAAGCUGGAGCAGGCCAUCAGUCAACUGCUGACGCAGACCCCGGGUCACUGUAUACCCAUCUCCUAUGAACAGAUGUACAGCUGCGUGUACAAGUGUGUUUGCAAGCAGUUCUCAGAGAGGCUAUACCAGGAUGUCAUAGAGCACAUGAGCCGCCACCUAGCAACACUCUCACAGGAGCUACAGGCUUUAACUGAUACUCCAUUUAGAUUUCUGGACAGAUUUGCUUCCAUUAUGAACCAGUACUUAACUGCUCUUGGUGGAAUAGUUCCGAUAUUUAAUUAUAUGAAUCGUUUUUAUGUAGAAACCAAAUUGAAAACGGAUUUGAACGAAGAGCUGCGAAAGUUGUUUCAAACCACUGUUGUUGAUACAUAUAUAUCCUUGGUGCUCACUGCAUUAGAAGAAGCCCAUUCAACGCCCUUCAGCGUUCCACCGGCUACAAUGUCAUCCUUGGUGAAAAACUUGUACUCAUUAAGUCCAGAUUACGCUAACAUCAAGCCACACGUAUUUUCGGUGUACAUUCCGAAUAUAUACCCUCCAACAUCUGCCGGACAAUUAGAAGAGUAUAUGAGGGAAACACAGUUAAUACAGCAACAGAUAAAAAGUCGCCCAGACUUUCAAAGCCUUGACAACUCAAACAGUCGAAAGAGGACACAAGAUGACUUGUCUGUAUAGGGGAAACAGAUUUUGCACCAAAAUGAGUACUGUUGCUGCGAUGGAAAUUGUAAUUAGAACAACAAAACAGUCUUUCAUAGCACCCCCUACCAGAGUGCUUACAUCAAAGCUAAGGCUUUACAUUCAACUGAGAUUUUAACAAAGAACCAGAGCUAUUAUUCUGUUUCAACAGAUAUUUAUUUAUAUCCACAUGAGUUUAAAUGGUUCCCUAUAUAAAAAAGUGCACAUGUGCGUGUGUUUUUUACUUGGUUUGACAUAUCUAUUACUUUAUAUGUCAAUAUAUGUCAUUAUCAAUAUAUUGAAAACAAAAUCAAUGUAUGUAAUGUUACUAUGUCGUUAUCAAUAUAUUGAUAAAAAAUCAAUGUAUGUAAUGUUACUGAAAUGUUUUAUGUCUUUUUAAUGGCAACGUGUAUCAUGCAUAUUUGAACCCUGCAGGCAUUUUUUUGUAGCUAUAAUAUCAAGUGAGUGUCAACAGGGAGGGAAUAGUAAACAUGCACGUUUUAGUACAUGUAUGCAGGCAUUGGAUGGAGUGUGCUUCCAUUGUGGAAAUGAACAGUUGUUUAAUCCUUUCAGUGCGGGAACCAAAUUUUCAAGGCCUUUGCAAACAGUUUGGAUCCAGAUGAUCAGGAUCCAAACUGUUUGCUAUUCUGAUAGUAUUCUUUGAAAAAAAUCGAAGAAAAUGCUAAUUUUAGAAAUUCAGCAGACAACAUUUUAGCAGACGACAAAUUUCCCAGCAUGCAAAGGGUUAAUCUGGUGGUAUAUUGCUAUGCGUGAGUCUGCAUCAGAAGUUAAUGUCGAUAAGCUUGAUUUAAAAUUGCAACACAUAUCUGUUAGAAGAUGUAUGAAACUCUAAAUUUGAGCAAUGUCGUGAAGUUUGAUUAUUAAUUGCAACACAAUGCCUUGAAGUUUGAUUAUAAAUUUCAACACAUAAUAGUAGAUGUGUAUGACUUAAGACUUGAAGGUUGUUGCAUUUAUUUGACAUUGCAAUAGUUCACAGUUGACAGUUGGAUUGUGGGACUGCAAGUGUAGGGUAUAUUGUUGAUUUCAAAAUACAACGAUAGAUAAUUUACUGUUGGCGUGGGGGGUCUCCCAAUUCAGUAAAUGUGUUUGAAAGGAUUUGAAACGAUUCAUAACAGGUUAAUGUUGUUCUUACAUGACCCUUGAGCAAGGAUAAUGUUAUAAAAUUGCUAGAGUGUUUGAAACAACGUUUAAUUCUCAGAACCUAUGAUGAAAAAUACUGAUGUAUAAUGUCAUUGACUGUAUUAUCACUUGAAAAAAUAUGGUAAUACAUAAAAAAACUAUAAGUACCUUCAUAAGUCAUACCUUCAUAAGUCUUAAUAAGCUUUAUUUGUAUAUAAAGAACUUUUUUCAUCUUGAUAAACAACACAGAUAACCAAAAUAAUAUAACAAUGUUAACAUCAAUGUAACAGUAUGCUGCAUAAAUGUUUAAAAAUUUACUAUAUUAUUUUAAACAAAGAAUCACACCAAUUUACAUCAUUUGAAAGGGAAAGAGAAAACAUCAGAAAAUAAAGCAUCUUACUUCAUAUUGUUAAACAGUUAUAUUUUGUUAUGGUUUGUCGAUGAACAUGGCCACCAGGGGGACAGGACAUUUUUCCUUAUUUAGCUAUUGUGAAACCUUGUUAACGCUCUAGAAGUCACAUUUUUAGUGCAAUCUAAAUAAAUCUUAGUCACUUGUUCUAAUGACUUCUCGGUUUAUUUGGAAUAUUCUUCUGGUUUGUUGAAAAACAUUACCUCUGGGGUUGGGGCAGUUUUUCUUAUAUACAUGGCUAAAGUGAAAACUUGUUAUGACACAUUUUAUGGCCAAUCUUCAUGAAACUUGGUAAGAUCUUUAUUUGUCCCAAUGAAAUCUUGACUGAGAUUGAAGUUGGGUCUUGUGAGCUCAAACACUAGGCCGCUUGAUCAAUCUCAAAAUCAACAACUUGUUAAUAGUCUAGACGUCACUUUUUUGGUCCAAUGGUCAUAAGUAAGCUCCCACUUUUUCAGAAUAGUCUAGUUCCUUUUGGUGUCAGGUGAGCGCCUUAGAGCCCAUGACCCUAUUGUUUAAACUUUUACUUUAAUUGCGUAAGUGAAAUAUUUUAUCAACAAUAGUUUUUGUAGUUCAAAUUUAAAUGCUUCUUCGUGGUAUUUGAUGUGGUCGGUUUGACAUUUAACUAUUUUUAAUUUUAGUGAAAGCAAUAUUUCCGACAAAUGGUUUUUACACCCAUUAUUUUUAGUAUAAAAUUAUGUUGUUGAGAUCAUUUGGCAAUAUGUCAUAUGUCAUCUUAUGUCAGUGUACAAGGUGGACAUUGAUCUAUCUUUUGUUUCCGAUUAUUCAUGCGUUUAUACAUGUGUGCAUAUAUUGUUAAAAAGGUAUGUAAAUAAUUGUUAAAGAUAUUUGUAAAUUGCGUAUACAUCUGCAGUUACAUGUAUUUGUUAAUAAAUAAAAUAUUAUAUGCAUGCAAUACUGUUUCUCACAUA